AUGGAUGGCGCCUCCAUGUCUACAUACAGAAGCAUAAACAAUGGCCAGUCUGAGACAAGGAUUUUAAAGGCACCUCAGAUUCCUACCAUCAUAACCACAGCUCCAAGCUCUCAGGAAACAUCGCCUCCGUCGGAAGCUGGCACAAGCACAAGUCUGGAGACACAAUCGCUUCCUGAGGACAAGAAUGAAGACGUCUUUGAUAAGACGUCUCCUUGUUCGUCUGCAACACCUACUCAAAAACCAAGUCCUGGAAAACUACCCUCGAAGGAAGCGCCGAAGGAAAAAGGAAAGGUGCCACUUAAAGAAACAAAAUCUUUGUCAAAAGGAUCUAAAGAUGAGACUAAAGCCCCUUCGCAUGAAAUGAAGUCACCAACCCAGGCUCCAAAGCCGAAGGUUGUGAAGGAAGACAGCAUUGGCAAACAUAAAAUGGUAAAAGAGGACAGUCUUACCAAAGCUGACGCCACCAAGCUUAAGGCAGAACCUCAAAGGGUUAAGCAUGAAUCGCAAAAAGUAAAAGAGGUCCCAAAGAUGAAACCAGAUCCCUCAAAGGUCCAGAAUAUUAAAAUACUCACGAAACAGACAUCUAAUCCGAAAGAGUCAACAGACGCCACAGAGAAGCCAAAGGAGGACAAGACAAAGGAUGAGAAGCCAAAGGAGGACAAGACAAAGGAGGACAAGACAAAGGAUGAGAAGCCAAAGGAGGACAAGACAAAGGAGGACAAGACAAAGGAGGACAAGACAAAGGAUGAGAAGCUUGUGAUUCGGCGAAGCUUCAAACAUAAGACUUUGGAGAGAAUGGAAAGGGUGUCAUCGCUUUCUGAAAAGCCAAGAAUUCUGCCCAAGUCUGGGAGUUUACCCAGAGCAAGUGUUCAUUCGAUUGAGCCGCAGAGUUCAGAGGAAGAUAGUACAAGUAGUUUAAGCAAACUAUCUAAGUGCACCAGUGUCUGA